UUUGUUGCCCUUGUUUUUUAACGAAGCCAGGAGAAUACCCUCGAGUUGGGAAAGUUGGCUGCGCUGUUUGCCAGCCGUCUCUCUGGCAGGCCACUGUAUAUAUCAGCCCUGGGGGCUUAAACCAAUUGGGGAGGCAGUUGAGCUGGACGCCUAGUGGCCGGCAGUGGGCUAGGCGCUGGUUGGUUGGAGAUUGAGCCAAUGGGAGCUCAGCAAAAGCUAGGAAGAGAUUCAGGCGGGUGACUGAGCGGGAGGCGGCUUAGUAUCGGGAUCCUGAUGUGAAAUCUCUGGCUUUGUUUCGGGGAGACUCUAGUUUCUGCCCUGUAUAGCAGUAAGUCCAGCACUAGUUCCCGCGCUAUGUCGCUGCCUCCAGAGAAAGCCUCUGAACUGAAGCAGAUCAUUCAUCAGCAGCUGACCAAGAUGGAUGUCCACAGCAGGAUCCGAGAAGUUCUUGCUGAAACAAUACAUGAAGAACUAGCACCGCAGCAUCAACAGUUGUCUGAAGAAGAUUUGAUAAAAGCCCUAAUACGGCGAGGUAUAAUUGAUGAUGUUGUGAAUGAACUCAAUUUCAUGACUAAUAUGAAUGACAGAGAAGUUACUUCAACUCCAAAACCUUCUACACAUUUUGUUGAUCGCCAGCCGCCUGUACUGAAAAAAACUAAUAUUGAUCCAACACGAAGAUAUCUAUACCUUCAGGUUUUGGGUGGGAAAGCUUUUUUGGAACAUUUGCAGGAACCUGAGCCUUUACCUGGUCAAAUUUGCUCCACAUUUACUCUCUGCUUACAUUUUCGAAAUCAACGCUUCCGCUCUAAACCUGUUCCAUGUGCAUGUGAGCCUGAUUUCAGUGAUGGCUUUCUACUCGAAGUAUACAAAGAUAGUCUAGGUGAGGGAAGCAAAAUGGCGGAUGCAACUACUAUGCUGUCAAUAUGUGAUCCAGUGCAUAUUGUUUUGAUCAAGACAGAUACAUCUGGUGAGAUCACAUUAGUAGCAUCCUAUUUUUUAGAAUGGCGGUCUGUCCUUAGUGCAGAAAACAGCAUAACAACAGUUCCUCUUGAACUUUCUGGUGUAGGUACAGAAUCAAACGUUUCUGUUGGAGUACUUGACAUCAAACUUGAAAUGUACCCAAAGCUAAAUAAGACUCUUUCUCAGGAAAUAGUUAAUACUCAAUUUGCUUUAGAACGGCAAAAGACAGCAGAAAAAGAACGUUUGUUUCUUGUAUAUGCUAAGCAGUGGUGGAGAGAAUUCCUGCAGAUAAGGCCUUCUCACAACACAAGACUGGUGAAAAUUUUUGCACAGGAUGAAAAUGGAGUAAACAGACCAGUAUGCUCAUAUGUCCGACCACUUCGAGCAGGUCGACUAUUGGACACGCCCAGACAAGCUGCAAGAUUUAUUAGUGUACUUGGGUAUGCAAGAGCCCCUGUCAUUGGUGGAGGAGGUGGUAAACAAGAACAGUGGUGUACUCUUCUGGCUUUUUUGUGUAGAAACAAGGGUGACUGUGAAGAUCAUGCUAACCUUCUAUGCAGUCUUCUACUGGGAUUUGGACUAGAAGCUUUUGUAUGUGUAGGAACCAAAGCUAAAAGAGUUCCUCAUGCAUGGGUAAUGACUUACGGGAUUGAUGGAACAGUAACGUUCUGGGAGAGCUUAACAGGACAUAGAUACAUCCACAAUCCCAUUAAGCCUGAUGACCCGCCAGCUGUUGAGCAACCCAAGCCUCUAUAUCCCUAUCGAACAAUUGGAUGUGUCUUCAAUCAUCAAAAGUUUCUGGCAAACUGCCAGCCUUCUGAGGCAAUAGAAGUUUGCAUCUUUGACCUGCAUGAUGAAUCCAAAUGGAAACCAAUGAGUGGAGAAGCAAUCAAAUCUGUCUGUUCCCCAGGUGCCACAACAGCUCUUCCACCUUUUCCUCCUCUGUGUGCUUCUAUGAUAGAUGCUGCAACAACAAGCAAUGAACUGGAAUUACAGCUGAGAGUACUGGUGGCAGAACACAGGAAGGAUCUUGGUUUUGCAACAGUUUGGGAUGAUCAGCUAUCGUAUCUCUUGUCACCAGCCUUGGCAGCCUAUGAACUUGAGCGUACCACAGGCAUUUCUUCAGGAAAUGAAGAGUUUCAAGAUGCCAUCAGGAGAGCAGUACCUGAUGGUCACACGUUCAAGGGAUUUCCCAUUCAUUUUGUAUACAGAAAUGCAAGGAGAGCCUUUGCUACCUGCCUUCGAUCUCCAUUCUGUGAAGAAAUAGUGUGCUGCAGAGGAGACCAAGUGCGGCUUGCGGUUCGUGUCCGAGUAUUUGUGUAUCCUGAAUCUGCGUGUGCUGUUUGGAUUAUGUUUGCUUGCAAAUACCGUAGCAUACUCUAAAAAACAUUUGCACUUUUAUACUAAAAUCUCCGCUUACUAUUAAGCAAAUGAACUACUGGGAACAGAGACAUGUACAGCACUGAUUGUAAGCACUUGUCCUUUCGUGAAGAUCCUGAACAUCUAUCUGGAAGCAAGUAUUAUUGAUUUAAGUGGAACUUAUUUCUUAGUUUGUUCAGAAUCAUAAGCUUAGUGCCAAUACAAAUGUACAAUGUUAAAAUAAUAUUCCGGAAUACAGAAUAAUAUUCCAGAAUCACUUGGAUAAAGGCUACCACGACAAUAAGCUUAAACAUUGCCGUGUGAUUGUACUAAAGGAUUAUGGCAAAAAAUGUUUGUAUAAUAUGUAAUUAAUGUAUUAUAAAUAUUUUUAUCAUAGUAUACCAUAGGUUUUUGAACAAUACUAAAGACAUGUGAAAGUUUAAAUUGAUGUCCAAAUAUCUUUUAAUUUCCACAGCUCCAGAGUAGACAAUGUCAGGCUUUGUUAAUAAACAUUUUGAAUUGUAGUGCAAUAAUAAAGUUGGAAGAACAAA